CUCACACUAAGAAUAAGAAAGGCUCGAUCAUCUUGAUUGCAUGACCCUGCCCGCCUCCCCUCUUCUUAGUAAACCCAAUCGAGAUUAAUUACAUCAUUCAGUAUAUUCAAAUACACGGCACAAGCAGUCGAACAUGGGACGUGUCGACACGAAUGCUUCUCAAUACCACCAAGGACUUCAGUUUCAAGAACUCCAUCAAAUUCAGGGCCCAGAGACUAUCGACGAUGCUCCUCCUCAUGAUGACGAAGGCCAAGAUCUUUAUGCUCCACCCAGUGAUUAUCAGAAGCCACAAGAUUCGGUGACGAAUAGGCCAAACCACGAUGCUUACGUUAAGCCACUACCGACGAAGAAGCCAAGAGACGACGAGCUGCCACAUGCAUUCCCCCCUCCACAAGACGAACCUCAAUCUUUCCCUCCUCCUCCCGAUCAAGAUGAGACACCGCGGCCUUUUCCUCCUGCGCAAACUAGUGAUCAACUCUUCCACCAGCAACAUAAUGUUGGGGGAGUGCAGUUUCCACCGCCGCAGCAGCCUUUUGGGCAAGCUGUUGGAGGGGUGCCGAUGGGGCGUCCUGCUGCAAUGCCAUCACCUUCCCCCUUCAUUCAUCCUCAGCUUCCGACUCAGGCUUGGAGGAGUGAUCUCUUUGAUUGUAUGAAAAACCCGCAAAAUGCUAUCAUCACAAUGUUCUUCCCAUGCGUAACGUUUGGCCAAAUUGCAGAGAUUGUGGACUCGGGCAGUACCUCUUGUGGGACGAGCGGGAUGCUAUACGGGCUGAUCGCGUGUUGCCUAGCGAUACCGUGCAUAAUGUCGUGCACGUACCGGAGCAAGAUGCGGAGUCGGUUCGGACUGAUUGAAUCGCCCGCCCCAGACUGGCUUGUUCACUGCUUUUGCGAGUGUUGUGCUCUUUGUCAAGAGUAUAGAGAGCUUCAGGACAGGGGUCUUGACCCUUCUAUCGGGUGGGUAGGUAAUGUGGCGAGGCAGCAACAGCAGCAGUAUGGUAUGACAGCUCCCAUGGGGCAAAGGAUGAUGCAGUGAUGAGCUGACAUUAUAAAUGGAGUUAUUGCCUUCUAAUUCACCUCAACUUCUCCCUUUCUACCUACUUAUUGUGUUUGGUUAUUCAUGAAUUGUUCUUGUGUUGCUGUGAAUAGCAAUUUACGUUCAUGUGAUAUUGAAAAUGAGCACAUUACUCCCUAUGAAAAAAAUAUACCAAUUUACCCUUUUGUACUUUUUAAAAUGAAGCAAUUAAUUACCU